AUGAAACGCUCCAAUGAUCAAGACCACUCGGAAUCCCCACGUAAAAUACCGCGGCGGGAUCGUGAAGAUUUUGAAUCGCUGGACAAGGAGGCUCUAGUAGAGAAGAUUUUAACGAUAGCCGAACAGUUGGAUAAGUUGAAUGAAACUGUGAACGCAGCAAAAACACGGGAAUCGUUAUGGCUUCAAAAGGCAGCUGAGAAGGAUAAGGAAAUUCAUGAUCUUGUCAAGGAGCGCAACAGUGCAUACUUCAGCGGUGUCAGUCAACGUCCAGCACAACGGGACCAACUUAUCGAUCCAUUUUUCUAUGAGUCGUUCCUUCUCAUGAAAGACAAGAUUACUGCUCAGGACAAGAUAAUAGCCGAAAACCAAGAAACUAUUAAAUCGCUCCAGAAAAAUAAGGACAGUGAAAUUCUCUCUCAGUUUAUGAAGACGAAAGCUCUGCACACGAAAAAGGUCCGUGAUAAUGAGAAGAAUCUGCGAACAAUUGCGACUUUGGGAAGUAAUCUUGCGUUAGCGCAUACCAUUCUGCGGGCAAAGAGACAGGAGAAGAGAGACUACACUACUGAGAUGGCAGAACGAGAUGCAAAGAUUGCCGAUUUGUACAAAGAAUUGUACAGCUUGCGUAGUUCACUAUCAGAAGAAUCUGCAUCCACCCAUUCUGAAGACAUGGAUUCGAAAGACAAUGCAAAAUUGGAAAUGAAUGAUUCACUAGACGAAAAACCACUAUUCGAAGACCCUCAAAUUAGCAAUGAUGUUGCUGCAGCACAGAAUGGAAAUGGAAUCGACGUAGAGGUGUCCGUCUCGCAUAAUACAAACAACAGCAACGAAGAAGAGUUGGAUCGCCCCUCCAACGAUGAGCGAAGCGUCUCACUGGGAGACAAUGGCUCUUUGAAGAUUACUGUUUUUAGCGCACUAAAGCGUCCCUGCGUGUUAUACCAUCUAAUCGCGUUGGCUACGGUAUCGAUUAAGACAGUGAAGGUUCCAUCAGUGCGAAGAGUUAGGCGUACAGAUUUGCGUUCUCCAGUUGAUCAGGGAGAACACUAUAUGACAUCAGAGUAUAACUCGGUGUAUCGUGCUACUCUGACUGAACGAAGGAUUCUCAUCAGGUGA